AAAGUUUACUCCGCGGUCCAGGCUGCAAGUACAAUUUCAUCCUCACGAGCAAGAUCAACCUCACGUUCCCCUGGUACCUGAAUCUACCCACGUACUUGUACCUACCGACUCCCACCGAUACACCCCAACAAACGCACAUCACACUCUCCAAAGGGAAUCCGGUAUUUUCUUGAGAAGUGAGAACGUCGCGCUUUCGCUGCCUUGAUCGACCACCAUGGAAUAUUAUUUCCCCAAACCCCCGCGAGGGCUCAAGGACAAAGUUGCGAUCGUCACCGGCGCGGGGGCCGCAGGUGACGACGGGGUCGGCAACGGUCGAGCCGCCGCGAUCUUGAUGGCCGACGACGGUUGUGCCGUGGUCUGUGUCGACCGCGAUUUGGGUUUGGCCCGACGCACGGUUGAGAUGAUUGAAGCUGAAGGGGCCGGGAGAGCCAUGGCCUUGAGCGCCGACGUUUCCGUCGAGUCCGACUGUAAACGUAUAGUCGAUGAGACCGUCAAGGCAUACGGUAGGCUCGACAUUUUACUCAACGGUGUGGGGAUCGGCGGCACACCGGGGACCGCAGAGACCGCGGACAUGACGUCUUGGACGAAAUCCAUGGAGGUCAACGUGUCCAGUAUGGUGAUGAUGGCGAAAUAUUCGGUUCCCGCCAUGGCGAAGAACGACCCCGGUCGGCAGGGCUACCGGGGCAGCAUCGUCAACAUGGCGAGCGUGGCGGGUAUCAAGGGUGGUACCCCCCACUUGCUCUACCCGACGAGCAAAGGUGCCGUGGUCAACAUGACCAGAGCGAUGGCGGUACACCACGCCCCCCAAGGCAUCCGGGUCAACUGCGUCUGUCCGGGAAUGGUCUACACUCCGAUGAUGUACGCCGGAGGAAUGACGGAAGAGGCCCGGGCGGCGAGGAAAAACAGAAGCCUCUUGAAGACAGAAGGGAACGGCUGGGACGUCGGCAUGGCUGUCAGGUUCCUCGCCAGUCCCGAAUCAAGAUGGAUGACGGGCGUCAUCCUACCCGUCGACGCCGGUGCCACUUGUGCCGUGGGGACGGACCUCCCGGCGACGGCCAGUGUCAAUGGGUGAUUCUGAAUCACAGUUCACCACGAGCAUCUCCUACACGAGUACUCCGGGAGUCUUUGCGGGAAAUGAACUGAUCAGCAGACCCAAAGUCAAUGGCGGAAAAGGAGAUAUCUCGGAAGAAUCCAUUUGAGUCCGGGCAUGAGCAUGAGCAGGAAUAGGGACAGGAAGGCAUAUUCGUUCACGAGCAUUAGGUCAGGA